ACUUCCUUGAGCUGGUGGUGGGUGGGAGGAAUUCUGGGUCUGUAGCUCCAGCUUUCCGUGCACAGCUUUUAUCAGCAUCCCAGGGCCUUAUGCCCGUCUGCUAGUGCUGCUCUUACGCUUUCUCGCGGUGUUUGCGUUGCUGCGGCUUACAGUACCACUGAGUUUCCGAAACUCCACGAAUAGCGAGGGUCGCUGAUCCAGAUCACCAGUACCCUGAGUCCUGUAACGCGUAUCAGAAAGCCCCGGCCGUUGCUGUCGCUCUGAGCUCGUCGUCGCAAUGGGUGACUAUCACCUCGAGCUAACCAUCAUUCGAGCGAGCGGUCUACCAGACGUGCAGAAGUGGAAGCUGGGUACUAUUCAGGACCCGUAUGCGACAAUCAAAUACGGAGACUUCGACUUCCGCACGAAGACACACAACAACGGCGGCACAGCCCCCGCGUGGAGCGAGACCUUCUCCUUCCCCGUCGGCGCAAAUCCCGUGAUCUCGCUAGCCGUUGUGCACGACAGGGUGCUCGUCAAUGACGAGAUCAUCGGCACUGGCAGUCUGGACUUCUCCAAGGCGCAGGAGGCGGGUGAGCUGGUGGAGUCUGUUCCACUUUUCACCACAGACGGCAAGCAGCAAGGCGUUCUUGAGUGCAAGCUGAAGUUUCCGACCAUUUCCGCCCGGCUGCAAAUGACCCGGCAGAUGUCAACCAGCGUGAUAGAUGACCCUGCCAAGAGCGUGUACGAUCAGAAGCUGGCAGCUGCUCUCCGGAUGCGCCAGAAAAAGGCGGCUCAAAUCCUUGAAACUCACGAGACCAUCAUCGAGGGGUCCAUUGCCAGCCUGCCCAACUCGGAGCCGUUUGAAGAGCAUGAGAGGGCUCUGGAGAAGACAACGACGGCCUACCUUGCGAGCACGGAGAGCCCCAUUCAGCAAUUGGAAGAGGACCUGGAGUUCCACGACAAGGAAUUCCUGCAGCAGCUUAUGAAGGAGAUUGACAGUAGUGAGGAUUUCAAGCUGGAGAUUGAGAGGUAUGCGACGGAGGUUGGGGAGCAGGACCAGAAGAGGAGGAGCAAUAUCUCAGCGGCGCACGAGAAGUUUACUAAAGCGGUAAAGAAGGUUCAGGAGGAGCUGCUGCAGGAUCUGCAGGCGGCUCAACAAGAGUUUGAGCUGGGCGUUGAAGUAGCAGCUGGGGAGUACAAGAAGGAGGCAAAGACACUGAUCUUCUGGCAAGAGGAGGCCAAGGCAAAGAAAGACGUAGCUGCUUAUGAGGUUCUACUAUCUAGUUCCAGCGUUAGAAUGCAAUGAAAGGAAAUAUGGUGAAAGGAUAUCCAACAUGAAAGGAUGUUUUGUACUAGUGCUAGUAUUGCAUGCCACUUGACGUUAGGUAGACAGGCAUGCCCUUUAUUUAUGGUCUAAAACGUUUGACUCCUGCAUGUCACAUUCGUGUAUGGGGAUGUUAACUAGAAUGAUUGAGUAGAAAC